CCGGACAGUACUUGGGCACAUAUCAUUAGGGUACGAGAUCAGCACAAAACGAUAACAGAAAGGGACUAGGACGAGUCACAACGGCUUUCAGAGCCAAGGCGACGGAGGCGGACCGGCAGCAGGAUGGACUCCGAGAUGAUAAGAUGAUAAGGACCCUGUUUUACCCUUCUUGUUCUUCGCCUUGUCCCAUGGCCGUCGUAGACGACGAGAUUGCCCCGCGGGCAACGUUAUGGUCAACGUCGAGAUAUAAGACCUCGGACACACGUGCCUGCAUGAUAUUCCCACCGCAGAGCCACUCUUUACCUGCAUUACCUCGCUCUCGUUCAUUGCCCCCCAGGUGUCGGUCUCUUUUCCCUCCGUCUGGUGUCCACAACGCCAGCAUGCUCUCGACCUCGCCUCAGUUUGAUUUGGCCUUUGACAGCAACAAUGAAGACAGGAAAACUUCAACUCCUUCCCUUACACCGAGACUGUAUAGAGCUGCAAGUGUAGGCAGUUGGGGUGUCACGUCGUUCGGCCGUGGUUUUGAUUGGGAGAGUAAUGACGAUUCAGAAUCAUAUAAAUUGAAAUUAUCCCAACGGCAAGAACAAGCUCCUUUGCCCAAGGGAAAAGAGUCCGUUCGACUCGUCGAGAAUAUGCCGCAUUUUUAUAAGCUGCCCGCCAGCAUAGAAUCUUCGAUUUCCAGAAAAUCACCAGCCUCGGCAUCUGUUCGACCUUCUAAGGUUAUGCAUGUGGAUACGAAAGUCGCGCCAACUUCUUCUAUAGUCUCCGAACCGUUUUACAAUUCUCCAUCCCAGUCUCGUUCCCCUUCACCGGUUAUGCCUACCGAUGCCAAUCGGCCAACUCUGUCACGGUCACCGUCGACCCCUCGACCCCGAAGACGUUCCUCCCAACAACGAGUUUCCCUGAUAGCCGGUCGCGUGUCCAUCGCACCACUGGAAUCUCCUACCAUUGUUCCUCCCAACUUCCAACGUGCAGGAAGUGCAAGUAGUUUACUGAGCACAGCCGCCAGCACUCGCGCCCCUUCACCCACUCAAAGCGAAGAGUCUUUUCUUGGUUCAAAACGCAUAUCCGAUUUCCAUAUCGAAGGGGAAAUUGGCCGUGGGGCGUAUGGUCUGGUCAAACGGGGCAGGGAGAUAAAACCAGAUGAGUCUCUUGGUCCUCCUGUGGUCAUCAAGUUGAUCAUCAAAUCUCGUAUUCUGGCUGACUGCUGGAAGAAGCAUCCAAAACUCGGCACGAUACCGAUCGAAAUCUAUGUCAUGUCUGCCAUUUCCAACACCGCCUACGUAUUACCUCCUCGUCGCCCAUGGGAUCCCUCUCGGCUACAUUCUGAUUCCGAAUCUAAAACUCACGAUGCUUGGAUGGAAGGCGAGGUGGUAAAAGGUCAUCCCAAUAUUUGCCCUCUACUAGACUUCUUUGAAGACAGCCAUUACUAUUAUAUCGUUUUGCCUUGCACUACUCCAGAACCCCGCGCUGGUGAGCCAGAACCACACUCCGAUCUCUUCGAUCUCGUAGAAAGCUAUCCAAAUGGUCUUCCACCAAAGGACAUCCGAAGUUACCUUGGCCAGAUCGCAGAUGCCUUGACAUUUUUGCAUUCACAUGGCAUUGGUGGGUAUUCGUUAUCUCGAUUCAAUGCUUUGGAGAACCAAGAAUAACAUAUGGCAACUACAGUUCACCGUGAUGUCAAGGAUGAAAACGUCGUGCUCGGUGCCAAUGGUCGAGGUAUACUAAUCGAUUUCGGGAGUGCAGGCUUGGUCAGAAAGGGUGGUUGGGAUUCGUUUAGUGGAACGUAAGUUCAAAUAACGAUCCUGCAGGACCUCGUAUUGACUCGAUCGAAGUCUGGACUAUGCCGGCCCUGAAAUUCUUAGGGGGGAACGAUAUCAAGGCAAAGAACAAGAUGUUUGGGCUUUCGGAGUUGUUGCGUACGUGCUGCUGGUUGGUGAAUGCCCUUUCAUGACCGCUGCAGAAGCCCAAGAUGGCCUCUCUUCUCCGUUUGCAAACGCAUCGAUAUCCCUGGAUGAACGAUGCUCAGAUAGAAACGAACUCGAAGGAGAAGAGGCCGAUGGAGGAGGCGCGUUGGGCGAUGCCGCUGCUCUGGUCCGAGCAUGUCUACAAUUAGAACCCUCUGUGCGCCCGACAUUUGAGAAGAUACUUCAGUCAAGGUUUUUGGCCGGAAGAGGAGGAUGGGGAAUGCCCAGGUCAUGAUGCACGCAUUGUAAUCCAGCUGUAAUUCUAUGAUAAUUAUAUGUAUGCACAGACUGCACGUAUGUAUCAAUAGAUUCAAG